UUCGUCUCCUACUCCUCCACCUUCCCCUCCUCUUUGGCGCGGAGCUGCUAUUUCCAGAUACUUCCACCCCCUUCUAUGUCUCCUCCCUCUGGAUAAAGGUGCCCGGCCGGCAAGAGCUGCCUCGCUUAACUCCAGCGGAUGACCUAAGCGGCGGCGGCUGCAAUUUCUUUCCGCGUUGCCUUCUUCCUCCAAGCCUUUUUGCGCUUCUCCCUACUCUCUCUUGCGCACAGCAAUGAGCGCAGCUGCUCAGUCUCCCACGCGGAUGCAGGUGGAGGCCGGAGGCGGCGAACGGGAGCCUUUGCCUCCGGGCUGGGAGGUGAAGAUAGACCCUCAGACCGGCUGGCCUUUCUUUGUGGAUCAUAACAGCCGCACCACCACCUGGAACGAUCCGCGCCUCCAGGAGGAUCGCCCGAAGGAAAGUGCAUCAGCAAAUGGCCCAUCUCGAAAUAGCGUGAAUCAAGCCCAAAUCCGAGAUGGAAACGUGGGAUAUCCAAAGCUUCGGGCUGGUUAUAUUCCAAUUCCAGUUGUACACGAAGGUGAAGAAAACAGGCAGUAUUACUCAUACAAUUCUGGCUAUCAGCCUGGCAUUCAGCGUGUCAAGGAAGAAACCAUUCCUACCCAAAUUCGGCCCCCAUCAUCUCCAAGAGGAAGCUUUAUCCGUUCACAGUCUCCAGCUAGAGGGCUUGCAGAAGCUGCCCAGACAGAUAAGCCAUGUGCACAACCAGCAGCAACCCCAAUCCAAAUACAGUCCUCAGGAUCUGAGCAGCUUCCAUCUUCAGAAUCGCCAACAAUUUCCCCCCGGUCUUCCAGCAGGCAUAGCUCAGGAAGUCAUCAGCUCCCUCGAGGAUAUAUUCCCAUCCCUGUGAUCCAUGAGGGAAAUGUCCCAAGGCAGCCAUCACAAAUCUAUCAUCAGACACAGAAGACACCUUGCCCAGCCCAGCCAAGUGACUACCAACCUCAUCAGCCAGUGUACUAUAAAAUUCAUGUUGAUGAUUUGGAUCAGAAGCCACAGCGGGCACAGUCCCCAUUCAGGGUGACACAGCGAGGCUCAGCAAGUCGUGAAAGUUCACCCGGAAGAAUCCAGUCACCAACACCAAUCAGACUACAGUCAGUCAGACCUCAACAACAAGUGCCAACUGAAGAAGCACCGCCACCUCUGCCACCUGAUACCAAGCUUAAAAACAAGGCUGAUUCACCUGCAACAGAAAGUCCUGUUCAAAGUAUUCCCAUUCAAGUCAUACGUGCAGAUGUAGAUACUAAACCACCCCAGCAGGUACCAUUUUCUGCCGCCCAAGUCGUACGUCCAGAUGUAGAUACUAAGCCACCCCAGCAGGUACCAUUUCCUACAGUAGAACAGGUUGAUAACAAGAUUCCAUGCCCUGUUAAAGAUGUUCCAACAGAAGAGAGACCUUUACCACAGGAACAUGAAUCAGAGAAGACAUCAGAAGCAGAAGAGCUUCAGAAACACCCAGGAGUCUUGAAGGUUGAAGCUAUUCUAAAUAGGGUACAGAUGCUAGAGCAUGAAGUUGGUUCCUUUCAAGGAAAGAAAAAUGGCAAAAAGUACCUGUGGAUAGAAGAAUACUUGACCAAAGAGCUGUUAGCCUUGGACUCGGUGGACCCCGAGGGUCGUGCAGAUGUUCGGCAGGCCAGGAGAGAUGGUGUAAGAAAAGUCCAGAAUAUAUUGGAAAGACUUGAACAGAAAGCAGACGAUGUCCCAGAGACCACUCCAGGAGAUGGAUUUCAGUCAUCUUUCCAUGAAAGUAGUCCACUGUCACAGGAAAAAAUGGGGAUUGAUCCUAUGGUGGAAAAUCUUGCUAAGGAUAUAAAUAAUAAAAAUGUCAAGGAGCAAAUCAAAGUAGAAAUGGAACAACCUGGAUCUAAAGAAGACAUAGUCUCAAAUCUUGCUAAAGAAAGUUGCACAGCUAAAACUGUGGCUGAACCAUAAAGACUGGCAAAAACCUAGUCCUUGGACUCCUUAAAUUAAAUGUGUGUUAAGCAAAUUUUAACUUGCAUGCAUUUCCAGAGCUUUGCACCGGUUGAUUUUUAAUCAACAGCUUGGAUCACAGAAAACAGUUGGGGGGGAGGGGGCAGAAAUGGGUGCAUAAAAAUGUUUAGCUUAUAUUCUGUAUCUUACUCAAAUAAUGUGUUUGAAAAAUAUCUUGUAAAAUGAUUGCUUUCAAUUCAACACAAUGAGUGAAAAAUGUUUUUCAAUUUCAGUUAGCAGAAUUACUUUCAUAAAAUCAUUACCUAUAUACAUCUAAAUAAGACAUCCUUUUUAAAAACAAGACACUCUUAGGGAAAAUGUUUUCACUAUUAGGCACUUUAAUGAUGUCUGGAAAGUGUGUUAAGAAACUAUAGGGAUAUUUAUAUGUACUGUAUUGAGAACUUCAGUGCUAUAUUUUGAAUGAGAAAAGAAAUAAAACAGACUAAAAGCCUGAUGAACCUGUGUGGUUAAUAAAUGAGAAAGAUGACUGUAUAUUAUUUGUUUGCUUCUAAAAUAAAUAUUCCUUUGUAAA